UCUCAUCCUACACCCCCAGAUGAAGGCAGCGUACGGCCAGCAGGCCCUGGGGCUGGAGUUCUCCCUGAGGUCUAGCAUGGUCUCCCGCCUGAACAGGGAGAAGCGCGCCCCCUUCCAGCCCCUGUGUGGACCCGUCGAGCUUCGUCUGGCUGUCAAGCCCGGCCAGAACAAGCCUGAGAAGAUUGAGAUCGAGUGCAGGCCAAAGGAGACCCGCUACACCUCUUCUGAGGAAACGUCUUCCCAGAUGACUUCCAAGGAGCAGACGUCUUCCCAGCGCGUUGAGCUCGACAUCCGCGCAAACCACCCUCGCCAGGAACGAUUCAUGAAGAUCAAGCUGAACUACAGGGACGAGCAGGUUGAGGUGGACCCACGGCGUCGCGAACUGGACUCCCGAGAGAGGAAGGUCCCGCGGAAGUUCCUGGUGCGCUCCCUGAGGGAGAAGGAGCCGGAGAUGUCCUCCGAGACGCAGUACCAGGUCCGCCAGGACGGCAAGCAGCAGACACGCAAGACCAUCGCCAUCCAGAUCGAACGCUCUCGCAUUCCGGAGAUCGAGUCCUGGGACACUAAGAUGUGCGUGGACAUGCAGCUGGAGUACCCGACCAACCGUGACGUGAGACUGAUCCAGGACGGAGUCACCCAGGCUCUGGUGGAUGCCAAGUGGGGAGCCGACUGCUCAGGAAGGGGACCCAGGGUCCAGCUUAAUGCGAAGUUCCAGAAGUCUGUAGAGCAGCGCCGCCAGGAGCGCCGUGAGGAGGCAGCGGAGUGGGAGAGCCGCAGCGGGGAGGUGCUCACUCAGUCUCAGGAGCAGAAACUGGACUCCAUCCUAGACUCUGUCAAGUCACUGUGGUCAUGGUCCAAGAGCAAGAGUGAGGAGAGAAGCCCACGUUCCACUGAAGAGUCCAGGGAACGGGAGCGCUUUAGCCAGGAGAAGUCUCAGGAGAGAGCCUCUAAGGAGAUCGGAGAGGCCUCCAGGUCUUGGGAGACGUCUUGGCAAUCCUCCGACAAGUUCCAGCAGAUCAAGCUGAGACGCAACCUGUACAAGCAGUGCCUGAAGGACCGCCGUGAUGGCCAGCAGUACUCUCCUGCCUGCAGUGAGUCCCUGGACCAGCGUAGUCUGCUCAGGGAGCUCAACGCAGAGAUUAUCUUCCAGAACAUUCCCAAGUGGCUUCAGCAGGCCAGCCUUGCCGCCCAUCGCUACAUCCAGAACACCUUCUACGGGCGCAGCAGCAUCAGGCAGGUCGGAAUAAACAACCCUGCUGGUCAGAUUCGCGUCCGUGCCAGCCUGGACCAGCCUCAGAGGGAGAUGAAUGUCACAAUCCGCACUCCUCGCCAGGAGCACAACAUCAGCCGUGUGCCUCUGGACUGGGUUCCUCUGUUCUUCCCUUCCACCAGGAGAACCCUCACGGAGCAGGCCAUGGACAAAGUCACCAAGAACAAGUACACUCCUUACUGCAAGGUCCAGGCCAACGACAAGAUCCGCACAUUUGAUGAUGUUGAGUACAAGUACCGGAUCGGGAAAUGUGACCACAUCCUGGCCAAGGACGCCUCUCCUGAGGAGAGGUUCAUGGUUCUCACCAACAAACCCAACCAGCACAGGCCGGAGAAGACUGUCAAGGUCUUCCUGGAGACUGUGAAGGUAGAGUUCAGGGUUCCACCCAGCACCACCAGUCAGGAGGCACAGCACAGCAGGGAGACCAGCCAGGAACGCCAGAGGAGCCAGGAACGUCAGGAGAACCAGGAGGAGAACCAGGAGUGGCAGGACCAGGAGUGGAGGCAGAGCCAAGAGAGGAGGCAGAGCCGGGAGCACCAGCUGAGCAGGGAGCAGAGCAAGCAGCAGCCUGGCAGCAGGCGUGAGUCCGAGGAGAAACGCACCAGCCAGCAGACCUCUGCUGAGAGCCAGUCCCAGAGCAGGACUUCCAAGUCUGUGGAGUGGACCAGCAGCGAGGAGAAACUGCACCAGCAUGUUCCUAUUGAGGUGACGAUCGACGGACGUGAGGCUCAGAUCCAGCCCGGCCAGACCAAGCAGAUCCGUCACGCGACCUCUGGCAAGGUCAUCUGCACCAUCCGUCGCCAUGGCAACACCGUGGAGCUGAGCUCGCCCAAGCACGGCCUCAAGGUCAAGAUGGACGGACACUACGUCCAGGUCAAGGUGUCUCACGACUACCGUAAGAAGCUGGUGGGUCUGUGCGGCAACUUCGACGGCGAGCAGUCCAACGAAUAUGAGGGCCCUCGCGAGGAGGUCUACAGGUCACCCAAGGAGUUUGCCCUGUCUUACCAGGUCCCCAGCAGGCAGUGUGAGGAGGAGGGUAAGAAGCAGCCAGUUAUGCGUAACAUCAUGCACACCCGUCUGAACGAGCGUAACGAGGAGGAGGCCUGCUUCUCCAAGACGCCGGUCGCACAGUGCCCCCCGGGCUCCAAGAAGACGAAGUCCGAGGUGCGCUCCACCGAGUUCCACUGCCUCCUCAAGGAGCUGCAGAGCACCCAGAAGAUGAUCAAGCUGUACGAGACGAAGCCUCUGGGAGACAAGCUGCAGGGGAAGAGCACUGACCUGGUGCAGGACGUGGAGGCCGAGCUGGAGUGCCGCGAGGACUAGUAACCAUGGCAACCGGUAACCGUGGCGAUAGGUCACCGUGGCAACAGUCAUCCGGCUUGCCAAAAUCAGUCUUCACCUAUUAGUGUCUAACUCUAAGAUUUGAUGUGUAUAUUUUGAAAUAUGCUGCAGCAAUAAGAAAAUUACUGUUUUUUUCUAACGUUUCUUAACUGUUUCUUUCUUGUUUAACUGGAGUGGAUUGAACAUAUUCAAUGUCCUUUUGUUUUCUUAAAGUGCUUGUUUGAAAGCAUGCAGUAUAUUGGCUGAGCGCCAUGAAAAAUUCCUGAUUAAACUGCAAAGCUCAUGCACUGAAA